GACGUCGUGGGAAUCUGUGAAACUGAAGAAUUCACGGAUUCAAGUAGUGGGCCAAAAGUCACGGAUAGAACAUCGACUUUUGCAAUUCACCGACAUUUCACCUCCUAUUAUAGCAAACACUCUCUGAUGUCACCUCCCAUUGCAUCAACCCUCCGGUUAUACUCCGGCCACACCCUCUUCUCCUUACCCACCGUCCCCGAAUCGUCCACUUGGUGGUGGCGGUGGCGGUCCAGCUCCUUCGACAACUCAUCCAAUUGUCCAAUAAUGCAAUACAGUUAGGCUUUGUGUGGACUUACUUGCAAGGUCUGCUGAAGCUUGAAAAAGCAGCGGUUUGUCUUUGACUCUUUGCAGUUUGCACUAUACUAGCUAUGAGGCUCAAGCUUCUUAACCUUAACAUUAUUCAUUCCUCUCGAAUCACUCUUCAUCAAUCUUUGAUUAUAACUUGUGGAAGAACAAGUCCUCAGGGACUGGUUAAUUUUGUUUGCCCUCCUAAUUGUAAGUGUAUUUUCAUCAUAAAUAAGGUUGCCUGCACCUAUCGGUUUCCCAUGUUCCUCAACCUUAUAAAUCUUAAUUACCAAAAGCAAAUAACAAAGAAUGGAGUUGCAUUCGACGUGGCUUUUUCCAUGUUGUUAUUUGUAUUAAGUCUUUGUUUAAUUAUUUUUGUGUGUUAGGAAUUUGACUCCUAUUGUUAGUAUCAAAUUAUAAUAAAGCUUUAUUUCAAUG